ACUGAGUGGGAUGAUGCACAGGGACACUAUAAGCGGUCUCUCACGCGAAGGUCGUAGGUUUGAAGUUUAAGAGAAAAGAGGAACAAAAAGUAUGUGGGUAAAAAAUAAAAAUGUUUGUAUUUAUAUUCAGAGACUAAAUUUCCGGUGAAAAGCUGCCAACUGCGAGUGAGAUUGUCUAUAUACGUUUGCACUCAAAGAAACAUUAGGGCCAUUCUUUCCAGGUCAAUUCAUAACUUGACUACUUCUUGCUUCCACACUAAAAAGUUUUCUGUUCUAAUGUGUGAUGCAAAGUUCGCGGGGUCGAAUUCACAAAGCUCUUCGUUCGUAAGUGCUCUUUGACAUUGGUGGUUCACCUUCGGUAAUAUUUCUAACAUCACAAUUGAAUUGGCCCUGAAUAACUAUUCUAGCGUAAUAUAUUUUUGUGAAUACGGGUUCAUAUUUUGCUAGGCAUGGUGUAAGUAAGCGCUUCCCAACAGUCAUCAUUUGGAGCCCCCCCUCCUUCCCCCCUAUUUUGUUCACGUGCGUGUGCAGACAGGUGCAUGAAACAUUUUCAGUCACUCGCUGCGCAUGUGCUGAGCCACUUUGUAGCCUUUCACCAGCUGCAGUGUUCCACUUCGAGCCACGGAAAGCACAGGCCACCAAGCCCCUAUCGACGAUGAGUGAAUCACGGCAGCCACGGACACUUCUGCGCCCCCUCGUGACGAAUAAGCGUUCGGCGGGCGCUGAACAGAGCGACAUGCACUUCGUUCAUGUGGGAGGCACUCCCCGAGAUGUUGCCAUGAAGGUGGUGCAAACACAGGAAGAAGACAACUCCUUUUAUGUGUGCGACCUGCGGGAGCUGAGGAACAGAGUGCGCCUCUGGCGGCAGGAGCUACCGCGGGUGGUUCCACACUACGCGAUAAAGGCUUGCACGGAUCCCGUCGUCAUACAAACUCUAGCAUGCGAAGAAGUGAACUUCGACUGUUCAAAUAAGUGGGAAAUCGAGGUGCUUGUCAACGCCGGUAUUGACGUCACUCGGAUUCUUUACGCCAACCCAGCCAAGCAGACAUCCCAUCUAGAGUUUGCCAAAAAUGUUGGAGUAACUUUGAUGACCUUCGACUGCGCGGAAGAACUGGAGAAGAUUUCAGACAAGAAGGCCAGGCUUCUGCUAAGGAUCAGAGCUCAAGGAGGCUCAAUCGAAUGCAAGAUGGCCACAAAGUAUGGAUGUUCGCUAGAAGAAACCGCAUCUCUGCUGCGGACUGCAAGCGAUUUGGGCCAGUCUGUGGUUGGCGUUGCGUUUCACGUCGGCGCCAUUCAUUACGAUCCGGAUACUUUUACGCUCGCUAUCGCUCAAGCUCGAGAAGUCUUCGACAUUGCUAAGGAGUUAGGAAUGGAGAUGAAUGUGCUUGAUAUCGGCGGAGGAUUCCCAGGAGGCAUCCGAACGCGAGAUUCUUUCGAGAAGGUAUGCCAAGCCGUGAGAAACGCGCUAGACCUGCACUUCCCUGAGUCCAGCGGCAUCAGCGUCAUAGCCGAGCCCGGUCAGUACAUGGUGACGGCGCCCUACACUCUGGCAGCCAAGGUGGUCGCCAAGCGGACCCAGCAAACCAGCAUCGACGGUACCUUGUGUUAUCGCCAUGAUGUGUACUUGAACGCAAGUAAGGAGAAUUGCAUUCCACGAGAAAUGUACACCUUCCUGGACAUCAGGUUACCAGCCGCUCUAUCCGCCCUACAACCGGCCCCGCAAAUAUUUGACGACGUUGUGGGGCGACACGUGUCAUCCUUUGGACAUGCUUGAGGACAGCGUGCCCUUCUUCGAGGUUUCCGUGGGCGAGUGGCUGGUCAUCGACAACGUGGGCGCCUACGGAAUGGUCAAAGCGAGUGGCUUCAACGGCACCGGCUUCCCACCGGUUCAUUACAUAACCCAUGCGGAGGACGCACCGCGCGUCGCCCGUCUUCUCGAAGCAUCUCCGCUCACACCAGGCUACAGUCAGCCCCUGCAGGCCAUGAAAAAAGCAGUUUUUCGGGAAUAACCCAAGGGUUACUGAGUCGUGCAUCAUGAGAGCAAGCAGUGGAGGCACCAUAUUCCCGUGCCGUCUUCGAUGCCGCCAACAAAAUUGCGUUUUCGUCUUGAGGAAUUUCUGUAGCACCUGAACUCAGAAUAAGAACUCCAAAUCGUCGUCGCUUACUUAUGAUCGUAUGAACCGUUGAACAUAAGGAGUUCAUUUUAUGUACAGGCUCCUUGUAAGCCAUUGUGAAGUUGUAGGUGUCCUGGUUCCCAUUGAAGCACUGUACCCCAAAUUUUUAGUGUAUUAAAGAGAAUUAAAGGUUGUCCUCCCAUCAAAUGGUCCGCUUCGUUUUCUGGUGCAAAAGAACCUUUGAUUCAGGUGUAUUUUUUUAGAGUGAAAGCUCUACUACGCCAUGUCUCGCAAGGUCAUUCAUCGCGUGGCAAUGACCUUGAGCCGCCGGAGCACAAGUGUGGCAGGUGGUACGUCACGCCACGUGAUCCGCUGCGGAAAGGCGUCGCAGCUGCACUCGCUCGGAGACUCGCCGCUGCGGUACAACGUGACUAGGCGAGGAUUUAACGGCUGCU